CCAGCCAUGUGGCUUUAGCCGAGUAAGAAGCAAACCACACUUCCUAAAAUGUUAGGAUCCACUCUUCCCCGACCCACCGCGGGGCCUUUGGAUCGGGGGCUGGUUUUCAGAUCGGAGCAUUCCCAGUGAAUGGGAUUUUAGUGUGUUGCUGUCAUUUGAUUGUGUUCAUCUGGUCUUCAUCAGCUCUGGCAGGCGCUUGCAGAGAGAAUGGGGGCAGGAGCUCUGGCCAUCUGUCAAAGUAAGGCAGCAGUUCGGCUGAGAGAAGACAUGAAAAAGAUCGUGGCGGUACCAGCCAGUGCAGCGAGGGAUCCUGCCCACCAGCAGGUGUUUGGAGUGAGCCUGCUGGAGCUACGGCAGCGGGGGCUCGCCGAGCACGGCGUCCCUGCCGUGGUGUGGAGCCUGGUGGAGUACUUGACACAGCAUGGACUCACCCAGGAAGGCCUUUUCAGGGUGAACGGCAACGUGAAGGCGGUGCAGCGGCUCCGGCUGAGGUUCGAGAGCGGCGCGCCCGUGGAGCUGGGGAGAGACGGCGACGUGUGCGUGGCGGCCAGCCUGCUGAAGCUCUUCCUGCGGGAGCUGCCCGAAGGCGUGAUCACCUCGGCCGUGCAGCUGCGCCUGCUUCGGCUCUUCCAGGGUGGCAGGAGCGAGACGCAGGAGAGCAGCUUGCGAGACUUACUGAAGGAGCUGCCGGAGCCCCACUACUGCCUCCUCAAGUACCUCUGCCACUUCCUGAGGCAAGUGGCCCAACACCACGCGCAGAACCGCAUGAACGUCCACAAUCUCGCCACCGUCUUCGGGCCAAAUUGCUUUCAUGUGUCACCUGGACUUGAAGGCAUGAAAGAACAGGACCUUUGCAAUAAGAUAAUGGCUAAAAUCUUGGAAAACUAUAGCACCCUGUUUGAAGUAGAAUGUGCAGACCAUGAAGAUCAGAAAUGUGAAAACCUGACCAAGCUGCUUAUUGUAAAAGAGGCCAGUCAUAAGAAUUCCCUGCCCAUAGUUUUAACAAAAGACUUGGAAAAAGACGUGCCAAAACCAUCUCCACAGACCAAGAUCCCAAAGUCCAGGAGCGAGGGAUGCAUUCAGGGUCACAGGGUGCCACAAGCACUGCUCUCUGAUGGUGCGUCUCAGGUUGGCUUGUGGCUGAGCCGCAGAAAACCCAGCAUGGACAACGUAACCUCCACAGAGGACGCGCGGGGUGCCAAGCGGCGGUCCAGUGCUCACGUAUCCCAAGUCAGCAGCGUUUCGUCAACUGGAGAACUCUUGGAAAGAACCAUUCGAUCAGCUGUAGAACAGCAUCUUUUUGAUGUCAAUAGCUCUGGAGGUCAAAGUUCAGAGGACUCAGAAUCAGGGCCAUCAUCAGCAUCUUCCACCGCCACAUCCGCCAGACAGCGACGACGCCAAUCUAAGGAACAGGAUGAAGCGCGACGUGGUCGAGAGAAGGAGCUUAUCAACAAAGAAAAUAUUCCUUCGGGAUUCAGCAACCUCGAUGAUUGUAUUUUGAAUACUCAGGAAGUGGAGAAAUUACAUGAAAGUACCUCGGGCUCUGCCGGAGAAAGGAGCAAACCCAGACUACAGAAACCCAGUGCUAAGCUUCCCGAGCUCAAUGAAAAUCAAGAUGGUCUUGUGGAUACGGAAAGUCUCAGUUCUACACGAUCUCAUGUGAGGACAACACCCGAUGAUGUGGAACCCAUGUCUGAUGAAAGCAAAGAAAAGGAAAGGGAUGGUGGACACACCCAGCAUUUUGAGAGCCCUACCAUGAAGAUCCAGGAGCCUGCCAGCCUACCUGACACCAAACAGCAGAGGAGCCAGGACCCCGGUGAAGACCAGCAGGAGAGCUUCGGCUCCGAAGUGCCCCAGCUGGACCUGACUGCAUUGUGUGAUGACAAGAGCUGGGAAGAACCCAUCCCUACUUUAUCCUCCUGGCAGCGGGAGAGCGUGGACUCUGACGAGGCCCGCCUCUCCCCACAGGCCGGGCGCCUGAUUCGCCAGCUGCUGGAUGAAGACAGCGACCCCAUGCUGUCCCCUCGCUUCUACGCCUACGGGCAGAGCAGGCAGUACCUGGAUGACACGGAAGUGCCUCCUUCUCCCCCCAAUUCCCAUUCUUUUAUGAGGCGCCGCAGCUCCUCUCUGGGCUCCUGUGAUGACGAGCAAGAGGACCUGACACCUGCCCAGCUCACACGGAGGAUUCAGAGCCUGAAGAAGAAGAUCCGCAAGUUUGAGGACCGCUUUGAAGAGGAGCGGAAGUACAGGCCCUCCCACAGCGACAAGGCGGCCAACCCGGAGGUUCUGAAAUGGACAAACGACCUUGCCAAAUUCCGGAAACAGCUUAAAGAGUCAAAACUGAAGAUCUCUGAAGAGGCCCUGGCCCCCCGCACGCGGCAGCGAAGCAACACGCUCCCCAAGAGCUUCGGGUCCCAGCUCGAGAGAGAAGACAGCAAGAAGCCAGAGCUGGUAGAGAAAGCAGUGAAGCCGAGUGUGGAAGUCACUCUGGAAUCCAUCCAGAGGAAGCUCCAGGAGAAGCGGGCGGAGGCCGGCCGCCCUGAGGACAUCAAGGAUAUGACCAAAGAACAGAUUGCUAACGAGAAAGUGGCCCUGCAGAAAGCCCUCUUACAUUAUGAGAGCAUCCACGGGCGGCCGGUAACGAAGAGUGAACGGCAGGUCAUGAAGCCCCUGUACGACAGGUACCGGCUGGUCAAGCAGAUCCUGUCCCGGGCCAGCGCCGUGCCCAUCAUUGGGUCCCCCUCCAGCAGGCGGAGAAGCCCUUCGCUGCAGCCAAUUAUCGAGGGCGAAACUGCUUCCUUCUUCAAGGAGAUAAAGGAAGAAGAGGCGGGGUCAGAAGAGGAUCACAACACGACGCCAGACUUCACAGUCACGCUGAUGACGGACUUCAGCGCACGCUGCUUUCUGGACCAAUUUGAAGAUGAUGCCGACGGGUUCAUUUCCCCAAUGGACGAUAAAAUACCCUACAAAGGCAGCCAGGACACAGGGUUUUCAAACCUUCAUGCAGCGUCAAUACCUGAGCUCUUGGAACACCUUCAGGAAAUGAGAGAAGAGAAGAAGAGGAUUCGAAAGAAUCUCCGUGAUUUUGAAGACAGUUUCUUCCGACAGAACGGAAGAAACGUCCAGAAGGAAGACCGCACACCCAUGGCGGAAGAAUACACCGAGUACAAGCACAUCAAGGCAAAGCUGAGGCUCCUGGAGGUGCUCAUCAGCAAGAGAGACGCGGAUUCCAAGUCCAUGUAAGCUCCAGCCUGGGCACCGGGAGCUGGGCGGAUGCCGGGAGACCUCGGACCUGUUCCCCUGCACGCAGCCUCGGCGCGGGCCCUUCUGCUCUGGGCCGCUGCCACCGGUACCCGUUCUAACACCCGCCUCCAGGGAAGACGACAACGUGGGCUGACCUAGGGAUCUUGCCGUGGGAAAGCCAUGACGCCUGCACGGACGGCCCGCCCAACACCUGCCGUGAGCACUCACAACUCCCAUACGCAGACUACGUAGUGUCCUGCCCUGGCUAGCCGGGAAACACGAGACCAGUCUCUGUCCAACUGUGACAAAAACAAGCUCAGGACUUCUCCUCUGCGGAGCGGACUUGCUGUGGAGGUCCGUGUUCUCCUGGGACCCAGGCCGGCGCGGCCCUGCCUCAGAGCCCUCUUUGCUGCCUUGGCCGUCCUCGCCACCUUCCCGCAGAGCCGCGCCCUGCCCGCGCGCCUGUGCCCUGUUUUCCUUUCAGCUCUCAGGUAGCCACACCAGCCCAGGGGGCGGUGCAGUUGAGCCCGCCGAGAGGGGUUUUCUUCAGGCCUUGCACGGCUGACCCACAGCUUCCAUCCCUGACUCAGCAGAGGCUCGGGGGAGUGCUGGGAGUCUCUGCAGACCGCUCACUGCACCUGUCCCUCCCCUACUCUGACAGCAGGUGGCGCCAGUGUGCUGGGGCAGCACCAGCCAGACAGAAACUUAGCCUCUGCGUGGAGGAUCGUGGGAAAGAGGGAGCCUGUGUUCUCAGCCUCCCGAGGACCUACCUGAGGGUAAUUUUCCAAAAAAGCAAACUUGCACUAAGAUCCCCAAACUGCCACAGUCCUCAGAGCUCAGCCCAAGGCAGACCGUCAACCACACUACAAGAAGAAAAUAAGUGUGUGGCCAGUUAUGUUUCCAAGGGCCGUGUCACAAAGCUGUCUAUAUUAGACAUUUUGCAGGGACCAGGGAACCCAAGACACUAAAUCACUCAUCUCCUCAGUGUGCUUGACGUCACUCUGUGAUCUUGCCUGUCUGUCCUGAGCGAAGGGGGUUCAGGGCUGGCUGGAGUGCAGCCCAGGCGUGUGCUCGGCCAGCCGCGGCGAGGUGGUGCGUGCCUUCUGCAGAGUGCCGCAGGCGAGCGUGGGUGUGCAGGCCCUCCUGUACGUUUGGGGAGUUGCCUUCUUAAAGGGUACAGUUUUGUUCUUGUGAAAGGAAGACAGAACGUAAGCCAGUUGUCGGGUUUUAAAAAUGGAUCAUGAGCUCCUGCAUAGCCCCAUUUUCCAAUGCUGAUGUGAGGUGGCAGUUCUCUGUCUGUUGAAAAGUGUGUAAUAGGCCAUGGGGAAAAACCAAGCCUUUAGGUUUGCUCUCAACACUAAUCAGAUGGGGGCAGCGAAGUGCCGCGGUCAGUUAAGCUGCUGCUUGAGAUGCUUGUAUCCCAUGUCAGAGUGCCUGGUUCAAGUGCUGGCUACUCUGGGCUUCUGAUCUCACUUCUGCAAAUGCACCUGGCAGGCAGCUGAUAAUGACCCAGGUAUUUGGGUUCUUGCCACCCACAUGGGAGACCCAACUGCACUUUCUGGCUUUGACCUAGCCUAGCCCCAGCUGUUGCAGGCAGCUGGGGAGUGAGCCAGCAAUGGAAGCCCUGUCUCUCCCUUUUUUCACUCUGCCUUUCAAAUAAAUAAAUCAAGAAAGAAGCAUAAGCUAUAUGUUGGAAGUGCCCUGGUUUCAACCCACACACUUAAAGACGGUACAUGACCUUCAAAUGUAAAUGUAUAUGAAAAUAUAGUUUGGUAUUCUUUGUUGUUUACAUUGCAGAUCGCUAUAAUUUCAAGGAAUUCUAUUAUAAAUAAAAUGAUGCACUUUAGGAUGUCUUCUAUUUUUGAAAUCUAAACAUGAAUCAUUCACAUGACCAAAAAUUGUAUUUUUAAGAGAAAUCCAUGUCAUCCAUCCUUUUACAGUAAUUCUCUUAAAUAAGCUAGGAUAGAAAUCAUUACCAAUUAACUUUGAAAGCACAUCAGUUUUAAGAUUAUGGUUUUGAAAAAACAUGCUACACUGUUUGUUGUAAAAGCUGUAUAUAAAUGAGAAGCUACUAAGUGUUUUGAAAUCUGUUGUUGCUGCCAAAAUUAACUUACCUAAGUAUAUAUUCAGGAACCCCCAUUCAAAUUUGUAUGAUUCAAUAAAAGCGAGCACCAGUUACGGUAA